UGCAUGGGAUGUACACACGGGGGCGUCGCUCAGCACGUAGGGGACGUGCGGAGCGACGCGAUUGGCCACGUAAAGCGUGAAUUUGAAAGUCUUCUUCUAGCAGCUCUGAGAGCACUGCUUCCCUAAAGGCUGCUGAGGCCAUUUAACAUUCAACUGCACACAUCACCAGAGGCCGAGGCAAGAUGCAGCGCUUCAGGGAGGGCAUCCACAUACGCACCAUGAAGGCAAAAAGAAAAGUCGAAGAAAUCUCCAAAGAAGAUGUGCAGGCGUUUCUGAAGAAGAACGCCUUUGUGCUCUUCACCGUGGGGGCCGUGGUUCUAGGCAUCGCGUUGGGCUUUGCACUGAGGCCCUACAAGAUGACCUACAGAGAGGUGAAGUACUUCUCUUUCCCCGGUGAACUGCUGAUGAGGAUGCUGCAGAUGCUGGUUCUGCCCCUACUGGUCUCCAGUCUGAUCACAGGAAUGGCUGCUUUGGACAGCAAGGCGUCGGGGAAGAUGGGAAUGAGAGCGGUGAUAUACUACAUGACCACCACCUUCAUCGCCGUGUUCGUCGGCAUCAUCAUCGUCCUGGUCAUCCACCCGGGGAAAGGAUCGAAGGCCGAGUUCGGGAAGCAGCAGAAGAUAGAGCAAGUCAGCCCCGCCGACGCCUUCUUGGAUCUGAUCAGAAAUAUGUUUCCCCCGAACCUGGUUCAAGCCUGUACACAACAGUUCAAGACCAAAUACGGCACGCGGAAGGUGCACACCACGGUGACAGUGAUGGUGAACGACACCUUCUUUAACUCCUCCACCGCCGCCAACGGCACCCAGGAGGUGGAGGUGCUGGAGUUCACCCGGGAGGAGGUGAUCCCGGUGGCGGGCCAGGUGAACGGCGUCAACGCCCUGGGCCUGGUGGUGUUCUCCAUGUGCUUUGGCCUCAUCAUCGGCAGCAUGAAGGAGCAGGGCCAGAUCCUGAGGGACUUCUUUGACAGUCUCAACGAUGCCAUCAUGAAACUCGUGGCUAUUAUCAUGUGGUAUUGUCCCAUAGGCAUCCUGUUCCUGAUUUCCGGGAAGAUCGUGGAGAUGGACGACAUCACUGAGAUGGGCGGUCAGCUGGCCAUGUACACCAUCACGGUGAUCAUCGGCCUGUCGAUCCACGCCUUCCUCAUCCUCCCCAUGCUCUACUUUGUGAUCACCAGGCAGAACCCCUUCAUCUUCAUCGCCGGCCUGCUGCAGGCCCUGGUGACCGCCCUGGGAACGUCCUCCAGCUCAGCCACCCUGCCUGUGACCUUUAAGUGUCUGGAGGAGAACAACAAGAUUGACAAACGCGUCACCCGCUUCGUGUUGCCCGUCGGUGCGACCAUCAACAUGGACGGGACGGCCCUGUAUGAAGCCCUGGCCGCCAUCUUCAUCGCACAGGUUAACAACAUGGAAAUGAACUUCGGUCAGAUCCUCACAAUAAGUAUUACAGCGACUGCGGCCAGUAUAGGAGCUGCUGGAAUUCCUCAGGCAGGCCUGGUCACCAUGGUGAUUGUACUGACUUCUGUCGGACUUCCUACAGAUGACAUCACUUUGAUAAUUGCAGUUGAUUGGUUCCUCGAUCGCCUGCGCACCACCACCAAUGUUUUGGGGGAUUCCAUCGGAGCGGGAAUAGUGGAGUUUCUUUCCAGACACGAGCUACGGUGCAAGGACGUGGAAAUGGGGAACUCUGUGGUUGAGGAGAAGGAGCGAAAGAAACCCUACAAACUCAUAUCUCAGGAUAGUGAUUUUGAGAAUGACAAACGUAUGCAUAGUGAAUCCAACAUGUAGUCAC